CUCUGCAACCCUGCGACUCUGAGAUCUAAAACCCCACCCAAACACAAGAACAAAGCAAAAAGUUACAGAUCCCCAGCCUCACCGAUCUCCAUGCCAAUUUCUUCUGUUUUUUAUUUCAUAACAUCUUCUCCACCCUCUUGAAACUUAGUAACUUGCUUCUCUGUCUCUGUCUCUCUCGUAACUUGACUUACUGAAUUGGAAAUGAUUCUCCCUCUCUGAUUAUCUCCUCCCCCCUUCCCGUGGACGGUGAUCAUUCAACUCUGUUCAUCUCAACGGUCUGAUUUCUCUCAACUAUUUUACUCAUUUCCGUGCCUAUACCAUUCGAUAAUUAAUAUACACCCAGAGGUUGAGGAACGUACAGGGGAGUGUAUACAUAUAGUAAGAUACUGUAAGUGACCCCAACCCAAGCAUGUAUUCAUAUGCUGCGCAGCGCUUGCUUCGCCUGUGUUUCUUUCCAUUAUUACCCGCUUCCCAUCCCUGUCAAUAUCACUUUUUCCGGCAGACGGGAUCAGUUUUGGACGUGGGUUUUCUCAUGAUGCUUCGUCGGCCUCUGCAUUUGUACGGGUGGUUAUGGAGACAAUGAGUGAGCGUGAAGCUUUCUUCCACAACCCAGGUCGUCGUUUUGGGUCUCUUGGGUGGUUGUUGCUUCUGACAUGGGCUGCGGAGCCUCCAAGGUUGAUGACUUGCCGGUGGUGAGCCUCUGCAGAGAACGGAGGGAGUUCAUCAAAGCCGCAUCGGAGCAACGAUAUGCUCUUGCUGCAGCCCACGUCGCAUAUUUUCAGUCCCUUAAAGACAUUGGGCGCCUUCGCAAAUUUGUUGAUGAAGCUUUGAUUGGUACCGGGUCUUCAUCCCCUAGCUCUCCGGUUCUGACAUUGCCCUCUGAUGAAGGUAAAGCAAACAGGACCAAAUUGAAGGGAAAGAACCCCAAUUCAUCUUCUUCAACUUCGAUUUCGCAUUCGGCUCACGAAAAUUCACCUGGGCAAGAAGAGGUGGAGGAUUCUCACCUGAAUUUGUCAUCUGGUUCUGAUACUGAUUCCGACUUAGAUUCUUCCUCUGGUCACAUUCACAUUGAGGAGGAUAGCCACGUUCACAUUCAGGAAAGCCCCGAGUAUGAAGGGGCAGGACCUUCUUACGCGGCUUAUUCUCCUCCCCAGAAUUGGAGCUAUUCUGGGGUAAAUACCUACGCUUACUACAUGAAAAGGUCUGCGUCUCCUGGGGAGUCAUUAGUUUAUGAAGAGCCAGAGAGAUAUGUAGCGACAUCUGGGCAAUGGCCUGAUCCAUCUUAUGGGCACCAAGGUCCGUACGGAAAUGCUGGUUUUUUUCGGUUUUCCUAUGGGUUCACCGCCUGGAGGAGAUUACCCAUACAAAUCGGCCCAGGUCCCUCUCCUCCCGCUCCUGCUCCUCCGGCGCCACCUUCACCCCCUGCAGUGUCCUCUUGGGAUUUUCUCAACGUGUUUGAUACUUAUGAUAAUGGUUACCCGGGUUACUAUUCGCAGAGCAGAUAUGGGUUUGGUUCAUCUGCAAGUAGUCCUGAUUCCAAGGAAGUGAGGGAGAGGGAGGGAAUUCCAGAGUUGGAAGAUGAAACCGAGCAAGAAGUGGUGAAGAUGUUGUCAAAGAGAAGAAAAAAAUUAGCAAGACAGAGAACAGUUAGAGAUAAAGAUUUCGAUGAAGGCACUUCAAAGGCUGUGCCAUUGCAAAGCAGUAGUGAGGGAAGUUCCAAGACAGUGCCAUUCCAUGGCAGUGAUAGUUCCUUGUCAGCUCAUGAAAGAGAAAUUAAGCGCAGUCCUGAUAGUGAUACAAUUGUUUCUAAAAGCUCUCCAGAAGAGCAGGUGAGGAAAAAGGGGGUGAGUUUUGAGGUAGAUGAUGCACCUGUGACAGUGGCGGAUGGCGAGUCUUCCAAGCUGAGUAGCUUAACCACUUUGUCUGCUCAUGGGACGAGGGAUCUUCGAGAGGUUGUUGAGGAAAUCAAACAUGAAUUUGAGACCGCCUCUGGUUAUGGAAAAGAGGUUGCAUUGCUGCUUGAGGUUGGUAAAUCGCCAUAUCGGUCUAGAGGUGCUGGAUUUAAAGUUAUCUUUUCCAGGAUCUUAUAUAUGAUAGCACCUUCCAAGUUACGCUCAUAUCCUCCAUCCAGACCAUCAAUACACUUAUCUUCUAAGGCAAUGAAAUUGGCAAAAGAUUAUUGCGAGGAACCUGGGAAAGAUUUCAAAACAGCUCCUGGAAACCUUUCAUCUACAUUGGAGAGACUUUACGCAUGGGAGAAGAAAUUAUAUAAAGAAGUUAAGGAGGAGGAGAGGCUACGAGUUGAUUAUGAAAAACAGUGCAAGAGAUUGAAUAUUGACGAUCGAGGAGCUGAAUCCAGUAAAAUUGAUGCCGCUGAGGCAUCAAUUAGAAAAUUGGACACAAAAAUCAAUAUUUGUAUCAGAAGUGUUGAUGCUAUAUCGAGUAGGAUACAUAAAUUGAGGGAUGAAGAAUUGCAGCCUCAACUUUCAGAGUUGAUUCAAGGAUUGAUUAGAAUGUGGAAAUUCAUGCUCAAGUGCCACCAAAAACAGUUCCAAGCGAUCAUGGAGAGUAAAACUCGGUCUAUUAAGAUGAAUACUGCUUUGCAAAGAGAUGCAAGUCUGAAGGCCACCAUAGAACUUGAAAUGGAGCUCCUUAAUUGGUGCAGUCAAUUCAACAAUUGGGUUAAGACAAAAUCCUAUGUUCAAAACUUAAAUGAAUGGCUCAUGAGGUGCCUUCUUCGGGAACCUGAAGAAACUGCUGAUGGUAUUGCUCCUUUCUCACCUAGUCGAAUUGGCGCUCCACCAGUUUUCAUUAUUUGCAAUGAUUGGUGUCAAGCAAUGACUAGAAUUUCAGAAAAAGGUGUGGCGGAUGCGAUGAGUGAAUUUGCUCAGAAACUGCAUGAACUUUGGGAAAGGCAAGAUGAGGAGCAACGCCAAAGGAUCAAAGCAGAGUAUCUCACAAAAGACUUUGAGAAGCGGCUUAGAACUUUGCGCAUGAAUAUGGGAGGAUCAGUGCAUGGACGUGAAAAAAUUCCAGACAAAACUGCAUUGUCACAGGUUCCCUCUGACAGUGGUGUUUCACCACUAGAUGAUCUAAAAGUUGAUUUAGAUUCUAUAAGAAAGAGAUUACAUGAAGAGCGGGCUAGACAUAAAGAAGCUAUUAAGCUGGUUCAUCAUGCAGCUUCUAAUAGUCUAGUAACAGGUUUGGUUCCUAUUUUCAUUAGAGUUAGAAAAUUCACUUCGGAAGUGGUAGCAGUUCACGAGCAAGUCAGGCUUCAAAUACUGAUAUAUACUCUUAGAAAACCUUGUAAGUUGAUGGGUUUAUUGUGGGAGGUUUAGAGAGGAAGGGGAUGAUGCACGGGCGUUUUAUGCCUUAUGAGAAGUUUUGCAGCUAGGUCUAUUUUCCUUAGAAAGUCCUUGAAAGGCCUUCAGGAGGUUCUGCUUGGAACAAGUUUCUGCAGUGAGGGUUUCGUAUUUAAUCAUGUUGAAUUCUUUUCUCCUGUGGCACCCGUUCUAUAGUUAGGGGGGAAAUCUGUACAGGAAAAUUCAUUUAUUUAUUGUUGAUUGGUUGUAGUGAGACUGUAUAUAGAUGUCUGCAUAUGGGUAGGAAUAGGAUCAGAACAGAGAUCUUACAAAAGUUUUAAUGAUUAUAGCGAGUUGAACUAUGCUCUAAUCCCAUGGCAAAUGGAAGUUAUUAUAUUUUCCUGCCUGCCUUGUUUUUUCUCA